AAUAUAGAUCAGUUGAGUUGCUGUAGCAACCAGCGUUUUUUCUUCUGGACGCACGAGAGUGGGAAGUAUACGAAAGACCUUCAAUUGCUUCCGUGUUCUUGAACUACUGAACUCAUGCGGCAAUGUCGGCAAUCUCCAGCCUUGUUCCAGCACGGUUUCUUACACUCAUUGCUCAUCUUGUCAUUGUGAUCACCAUCUUCUGGUCUCGGGAGAACAAUGUAUUGGCUUGCUUGCCUUUGCAAUAUUCACAACAAGACUACAACAACAAGGAUACUGAGUUGAUUGUGGCCCUCUCUGUGACCCUUGGAAUGUUUGCAAUCGAGCUGGCUGGAUUCUUUUCUGGCAUCUCAAUGUUUAACAGCAGCCAAAGUCUGCUAUCUUUAGUUGCUCACUGCAGUGCUGCUGUCACCCUGUCCUUCUUCGUGUUUCGGAAGUGGGAGUGCUGGACCUACUGGUACAUUUUUGGAUUCUGCAGUGCCCUCCCAGCAUUAAUUGAGAUUGUCCUAUUUAUUGCGGUACUGGGAAUGAAGAAGAAGCCGCUGUGAGUGCACAUAUGAAAAAGAAACUGAUCAAACAAAAGGAAGCCUGCUUCAGCCCAGUGCAAACAAUGAGGACAUCUGGCUGUGUCUCGUCUGUCUGAGAGAUGUCAUUGGCACUUCAGAUCCUCCAGAUGGAGCACUUCUCCUGAUUGCACUCUGCAAAAUUGUAUUGUUACUUUAUUAUAUAGUUAAUUAUAUUAAAAUGUCCUUGUAAAGGGCCAUGUAUAUAUUGUUUUAUACUUUCUACUAAAUAUUUUCUCCAGUAUUUUUUUAUAAUGCAUUCAGAUUACCAAUAAAAGCUAGAUGAUUUUGUGGGCUGUCUAUUUUUGUUUUUUGCCGUAUCUUUACACAAUUUAUGUGGCUGCAGACAGGGAGACAAAGAUGCACAGUGACUAAUCCUGCGCUCGCCUCUGACUCAUUGCUUGGGAGUUCUCAGAGAAGCAGAGCAUAGUGUUACAUCUCACGUGUACUGACAACCUGGAUAACUUAACCUUAAUUGCCAUCUUAGACUUCCUGUUUAUCUGUGCUUCAGAUUAUGUAAAGGAGGGUCUAUGCAUAUUUAGAAAGAAACCUGUUACUUUUUACUAAACUACACAAAAUGAGACUUGUAUUUAUUAUUGAUGCUCACGGCUAAAAGCAGGGAAUGCAAAUUACGUUCCACCAGGCCUGCAGAAUGUUCUGGUUCAUUAAAAUUGAACAUGUCACUUAUUGUAUUUGAUAUAAUUAUGUGAAGAUUUUCAUCAUUUUUAAAUUAUUCUUAAUGCAGAAAAGUAAUUAAAUAGAAAAUGUUUUAUGGCCUGAUAGAAUACUACAUGAUCCAGUAAUACAGUGCCUUUUACUUAGGAUAGAAUCACUUUUUCUUUGCAAGGUGGAAGUUCACAUCAGGAAGACAAUCCAUCUUUCACUGUUCUCUGGUGUCCCCAUAGGGGGUGAUCCAACCCAAAACACCUAAUGAGCAGCACAUCAGUUUCCAAAACAAAAUUGAAACAAAACCGGAUAAUGCAUCAAGUGGCUUUAUUGUCCUACCACCCAUACACAGUAUUGCAGCAUACAGUGGCACAAAAAAAGUUCAUGGGGAAUGUCAUUCAACAUAUACAUAAACACAGGACAAGAGAAGAACUAUACUACAGUAGAUAAAUAAAUAAUAGGCAAAUGAGCAGAUAGUGAUAAUUUGAAAGAUAGUAGUAAUAAUAACAACAACAUAUAGUAAAAACAACAGUAGUAGUAAAUGCCCUGUACUACAUAUAAAUAAACUACUAGGAGCAGAUCUGAGGGUGGGAGGGCGGCCAAAAUGUAGAAACUGUUGCAGGAUUGGUUUCAGAUGCUACAGAAGCUUCUGCCAGAUGGAAGUGGGACAAAGCGACUGUGGAUGUAAUGCUUGAUAAAAAUGCCCUUAGUGGAGGGCAGAGAGGUCCAAAUGAUUUUUUUAUGCUGUGUACACUGUCUUUUGUAGGACCUUUUGGUCAGAAAAACUACAGUUCUAGAACCAGACUGUGAUGCAGCCCGUCAGAACACUCUCGAUGAUGCCCCUGUAGAUUGUGCUUAGAAAGGGGGGAGGUAGGCCUACUUUUUUCAGCCAACAAAGGAAGUGGAGAUGCUGCUGCAACGUUUUGGCUAAGGAUGUGGUGUUAACUGACGACAUAUUGUCAGCUGCCAGGUGCACACCAAGAAAUUUGGUGCUGUUGAACAAUUCCACUGCAGUGCCCUUGGUGUACAGUGGGGAACGGACAGUAUGGGACUUGUUAAAGUCAACAGUCUUCUCUUUCAUCUUUAGUGGGGACAAAUCAUAUAACUCUGGAGAGGUUGGAGUAGCAGAAAGUGAAAAUUGUUUAAUUCAAUUUCUUUAUGUUUUCCUGGUAUUUCUUUUUCUUUAGUUCCAUUGUCAGUU